UUACUGUUUAUCUUUUUUUGGUUAUAAAAAGAAGGUGUUGCAACAGGUUAUGGACAGGGCUAUUGGAGUAACGCCUAGGCGUCGGCCCCUAUAGUAUUACUAGGCCUAUUAGAUAUCAAUAUACCAUUUAGAAGCAGGCAGACCAGUAUGCUUAAGUCAAGUAUCAGUAGUUGGAAAGAUUGCCAAUUAGUAUGUCACUAAAAACACCUUUAUUUACCUGUGCAAUAUGCGGACAGGAGAAGUUAGAUGCAGAUCGUAUGAACACGCACAUGUUAGAUGUACAUGUUCAAGCAAAGUGUCCGAUGUGCGAUUUAGAAGGUGUUUCUGCUGAUGACUUAGAAUAUCAUAUAAACACAGCUCAUGCUGAUAUUCUAAGCCCUGCUAAUUCAGGUCGCUCAUCCAGAAUUAAUGGCCACACUGCAACAAAGUAUAAAUCACCUGAUGCGCAAAGUAAUUCCAUGCAUAAUGGCUGUGAAUUUAACAGUCAGAAAAAUGGAGAUGUCAACCAAUCCAAAGGCAAGACUCUUUUAGCGCUGUCCAAAGAACAUGCUCUAAACACUGGUGCUGUCUCUAAUGAUGUGCGUACUAAGGAUGCGACAGGGCGUAAAAUAAAGAACUCGAGAAAAAAGGUAAAAGAAACAAGAGAAAAAUCUGAAAAAGAAAACUCUGUACAACAUUUACAAUAUUGUGUUCCAGAUCAGGAGACUUCCAGUUUAGAGGACGAUGUCGCAACAUCAUCAUCCUCAUCAUCAUUAUUUUCAGUUAUUUCAAUGACGGAUGUUGAAAAUCAGGAUAAUUCAAGUAAUGCUAAUGGCCGAUCAUCACUUUCGCGUGUGCAAUCACCUCUGAAAAAAAAGGUUAAGAUGUCAUCAGAUAAUGAUUCUGACAGUUCAAUCUUAAGUGUAUUUAAAAACAUUAUAUUAAGAUCUCCAUGUAAGGGUGAGGAUAGUGGCAGUGUGGAUGCUGUUGGUGGCAUGCUCAUACCACCUCGAAAUGUCUAUGAUAUUGGUACAGGCAAGUCAACCAAUGAACCUAAAUACCGCCCUCCUCAGGAUGGUGCUACAUCAUCUCAUGAACUUAAAUACUGCCCUCUAUGUGAAUAUAGUUCUACAGAUGUAAACUUAUUAGCACAUCAUGUGGAUGCGCAUUUUUCUGCUGAUACUAAUGAUGAUGAAACGUUAGCAAGAGAGCUGUCACAGGCUGAUGACGUGAGCAACACCGAUGAGAUGAUUGCACGACAGAUCGAGAUGGAUGAGAGGAUGAAAGUUGAGAAUGAAGCAACACAGUUUCAAGAACUGCAGGUAAAGAAAUAUGAAAAUAAAAACAAUAUUGUAGGCUCUACCAAUAUGCCUUCUAUAUCUAAAAUUCAACAGCUGAUUGAGAAAGCCUGGGAGGAAGGCUAUGAUGAACAGGGCAGAGAACAGCUUGGUGGCAAGAUCUACAACACAAGGAAAUGGAUAGGUGCUACAGAGGUUAUGGCCUUUUUCACAUCUCUUAAAGUCAGGUGCAAAUUGAUAGACUUCCAUCAUCCCUCUGGGCCAAACAAUACUCACCCACUGCUCUUUGACUGGAUUCAGAAAUACUUUGAAUCACCACCAGCAUUGGGUAGUCUCUUCAGUAGGAAGGCUAUCUGCAGUAACAAACUCCCUCUUUACCUACAGCAUGAAGGACACAGUCGUACCAUCAUUGGUUACGAGCAGUUGAAAGAUAAAAGUAUUCGUCUUCUGCUGUUCGAUCCAAGCUUCUCCCAAAAGCAAAUUGGUUUGUUAAAAACAUCUGAAUUAACAGGAUAUGCUCUUAAACCAUUACGCCAAACUCUCACAAACUUCAAGUCGAAGCAAUACCAAAUUGUUGCAAUUCAAGGAAAUUUAACAGAAAAUGAGAGUAAGGUAUGAAAGUUUUGACAUCAUAG